UUUAUGAAGGUACCCCUCUCAAGGUGACCCUCCCGAGUCCACAAGAGAGCUACCUGUGGGGCCCAGUGCCGUGACACGUGUACGAGGGUCUGCAUCGCUUCUAACGUAGUCGCGGUUAGAGUUACAUGGCAGCUGGAGCCUACAGCAAAGGAGUUUUGUGUUACAGAAUCGUACAAGAUGUAGUGACUAGAUACAAAUGUAGUGACUACCUCGUAUGUAGACAGCCCUAUAUAAACAAACCUCCUCCCCCGCGUCUUGCUCGAGAAUUUAAAAACUAAACACCAAGCCCACACCGACUUACAUCUUCAAGACAACUUCCUCAACACUUCAUCAAAAUGUCUAACUUCUACGUCUCCUCCGAAGACAUCCGCGUGGAUGAUGGUCACAUCCUCAAGGCCCGCCUCCGAACCGAGGACGGUGGUGAGUCCCACAGCGAGGUCGACCUAAACCAGUUCAUAGGCAACGACAACGGCCGCUUCGAAUGGGGUGGUGUCAACUUCGCGGAAACCGCCCGAAACAUAUCCUUCGCGAUCGAGGGAGGAGACAGCGUGCCGGUCCUACGAGCCGAGCUACAGAACCUCGACGGCGACUGGGUUGGCGCCGACGUCAACCUCGGAGAGCGAAUCAGCAACGACAACGGCCAGUUCCGAUUCGCCUAGAGAGCCGCGAUGGCCUCUAUUACCACCCAACAAUGCUAUGAAGAGUUGCUGGGCGCGGUCCUACCUCGUCUUUGGGUUUGAAAUUACACGCGAGUGAUGGAAAAAUAAGUAGAAAUAUACCCAAUUGACCCAAGAUAGAAGAUAGGCUUGAUAUCUAGGUACUGAACUAUUUCCGAAUUCUACAUGAUUAACCUCGUGAAGGUCUGGAUUGUUAUGAUAAUGUGCUACGCCCCUAACUCCUUAAAUUUAAUCAUAUCUACCAG